CCGGCUCCGAGAGUCAUGGCGACCACAGCAUCAAAUCAUUACAACAUCCUCACCUCCAGCGCAUCCAUUGUGCACUCGGAGCCCGGCAGCAUGCAGCAAGGCACGGCGGCGUACAGGGACGCGCAGACCCUGUUGCAGGGCGACUACUCACUGCAGAGCAACAGUCACCCGCUCAGCCACGCGCACCAGUGGAUCACGGCGCUGUCGCACGGGGAGAGCGCGCCGUGGUCGACCAGUCCCCUCGGCGAGCAGGACAUUAAACCCGCCGUGCAGCAGACCACCAGGGACGACAUGCACAACUCCAACAACCUCCAGCACCAGACGCGAGCGCCACACUUGGUCCACCAGACGCACGGGAACCACCACGACGCCAGGGCAUGGAGAACCACCACGGCGGCUCACAUCCCCAGCAUGGCUACAUCCAACGGCCAGAGCCUCAUCUACUCCCAGCCGGGCUUCAACGUGAACGGACUAAUCCCGGGCAGCGGACAGGGCAUGCACCACCACAACAUGCGAGACGCACACGAGGACCACCACAGCCCGCAUCUCAGCGACCACGGCCACCAGCAGUCCCAGCACCAGCAGCAGCACCAGAGCCACCACGACCACUCAGACGAGGACACGCCGACCUCCGACGACUUGGAGCAGUUCGCCAAGCAGUUCAAGCAGCGCAGGAUCAAGCUGGGCUUCACGCAGGCGGACGUGGGACUCGCUUUGGGAACGCUGUACGGAAAUGUCUUUUCGCAGACCACGAUAUGUCGGUUCGAGGCCCUUCAGCUCAGCUUCAAAAACAUGUGUAAGCUCAAGCCUUUGUUGAACAAGUGGUUGGAGGAGGCGGACUCCACGUCGGGGAGUCCGACCAGCUUAGACAAAAUCGCCGCGCAGGGCAGGAAGAGGAAAAAGCGAACCUCCAUCGAGGUAACCGUCAAGGGCGCGCUGGAGAGUCAUUUUCUAAAGUGCCCCAAACCAGCAGCCUCAGAGAUCGUUUCACUGGCGGACAGUCUUCAGCUGGAGAAAGAAGUGGUAAGGGUUUGGUUUUGUAACAGGCGGCAAAAGGAGAAGCGGAUGACUCCUCCUGGACAGCUCCCGGGAACGGAGGAUGUGUACGGGGACACGCCACCCCACCGUGGGGUUCAAACACCAGUACAAUGA